AUAGUAUUAUUAUGCAGUUUAAAAAAUUAUAAAAUAGCUAGAAUAUAUGCAUAUACAAAUUUUUCUAUAUUUAUCAAUAUAAUAAACUUCAUUAUUAUAUGAAAUUAAAGUGAUAAAGGUAAACAAACAAUAAACACAAAGAACAAACAGCAUCAAUUUUGUCCAGAAAAAUUUAUCAACGAACUUCGGAAAAACAAAAAGUCCCAUUGUGGCCACACCAACUAAAUUAUUUUUUUAGGUCUUCCCUUUUAAGCAAAUACACAAAGGGAGGAGAAGUGGAGCUUGCGAAUAAAUUUCACAACUUUUUACAGAACUUUGUAUUAAUUGUCUUUGUUAAACCACAUACGCUGGCACAAUGCCUAUAUUGUAUUCCGUAAUCUCUCGCGGUACCACCGUGCUAGCUAAAUACGCUGAGUGCGUAGGAAAUUUCGCCGAAGUAACAGAUCAAAUUAUCUCCAAGAUCUCUAUGGAUAACCACAAGUUGACCUACUCUCAUGGCGACUACUUGAUACAUUAUGUUUGUGAACAUAAAUUGAUUUAUAUGUGCAUCACGGACAACGAAUUCGAAAGGUCUCGUGCUUUUCUGUUUUUGGCUGAUAUUAAACAGAAAUUUAUACAAACUUAUGGUUUGACAGUGGCCACUGCCAUAGCAUAUGCUAUGAACACAGAAUUUUCUAAAGUAUUGGCUCAACAAAUGACGUUCUUUAGUCAAUCGAAUGAGGUCGAUGCCAUUUCUAGAGUUCAUGGACAAAUUGAUGAGUUAAAAGACAUUAUGGUUAAAAAUAUUGAUAAUCUAAGAGAUCGUGGAGAAAAAUUGGAACUACUUGUUAAUAAGACAGAAAAUUUAAGUAACAAUUCUGUGGCAUUCCGCAAAGCAUCUCGCAAUCUUGCACGUCAAAUGUUUUGGAAAAAUGUACGUUUAUACGUGAUUGUUGGUUUAAUUAUAAUAUUCGUAUUAUAUGUUAUUGUCAGCAUGGCCUGUGGCGGUUUGGCCUGGAAAGGAUGUUUAGCAUAGACACACUAUUUCAGAUUUAAGCCUGAAAAUAUUAAACUGUUAUCAUAAAUUUAGGUGGUAAUUCAUUGUCAUAUUUAAAAUACAUCAAUUUCGAAAUUACUCGUCUUUAAAAAAUAAAUCAUAGAAAAUUUAACGCUUAAAAUUAUGACUAUGAAAUACAACCUUUAAAUGCAAACAUAUAUUUUUAUAUUUAUAUGAAAAAAAUUAUCAGUUUCAAUAUACAUAAGAUUUUCUCAUUUUUUUUAAACAUAUUUAAAAUGGUAUGAUAUUAAAUAUAUUCUGGAAUUUCGAAAACAAAAAUCAAAGUAAUGUAUAAACACCAAAAAGUUAAUAAAAAUAAAACAAAUUUUGUUUUAAAAUUGUAAUUUGUAUAGAUUUUUCAUUUAAACUGAAACUUAAACAUAAAUAAAAACCUAAAUUUUCGUUUAAAAAUUCUAAAAUCAAAUCAAAAAUUCUUGUAGUGUUUAUACAUUUAGUCAGAAACAUAGAAGAAAAGUAAUGACUUGUCUUUCAGUUUAACACGUUUAUUUAUUACUGUAUUUUCUUAUAAAAUAAGACUAUUUUUUAUGUUAAUCUUUAUUAUACUUUUAUUUUCUUUUUUAUUAAAAUUUAUUGUUGGUCAAUGUUUUUGUAAAAUACCAAUUUAGAAAAUAUAAUUUUAUAUGUAUUAUAAAAAAACAAAGCUACGUGAAAAGCUUUAAAAAGAAAAUUCUAAAUAGUUAAAUAAUAUUCCAUUGUAAAAUUAAUUUGCAAGUAAAAACUAAAUUAAUAAAAUACAAUUAAUAUGUAAUAUGUUCAUCAGUUUAUUAACAAAAUAAAAAUACAAAUACAAAUGAAUUUCAUCAAAUAUAGGGGAAUAAUAUAUAAUUUAAUUUGUAUUUAACAAUAAUAACAAUAGAAAAUAAA